UCGAAAUCAUCAACUUUCGGUCGACCAGCGAAGCUCGUCUGGAAACACUUGCACUGUAAAGUGAAAGAAACAUAAUUGGUUAUUCAUAUUGGCGAGGUUUAUAAUUGGCAUUUAAGUAAUAAACAAGUUUUCAACAUGUCGGUGCUCUUUGAGGACAUCUUUGACGUCAAAGAUAUCGAUCCAGAAGGCAAGAAGUUCGACCGUUGUUCCCGACUUCACUGCGAGUCCGAGUCUUUCAAAAUGGAUUUGAUCCUUGACAUUAAUAGCCAGGUUUAUCGAGUAGAAUUAGGUGACAAAUUUCGUUUAGUCAUAGCCACAUCUUUACGUGAAGAUGGGACUGAUCCGGACAACGGCGACUACAAUCCGGCUGAUGAUACUCCAACAAGGGCUGAUCAAUUUGAAUACGUCAUGUAUGGAAAAAUUUAUAGGAUUGAGGGUGACGACGCCACUACAGGGGAGUGCACUCGGUUAGCAGCCUAUGUCUCGUUUGGGGGUCUUCUCAUGCGACUACAAGGCGACCCCAACAAUUUGCAUGGAUUCGAGGUCGAUAAUCAUGUUUAUUUAUUGAUGAAGAAGCUUGCAUUUUGAAUCCAUCCCAGGGAUUCAAGGGUGCGAAGGUCAAUUGAUCGACACCAGCUGGCGAAGAUCAUAUUGUGUACUAUUUUGUAUAUUCAUUGCAUUUCCCUUUAUUGAAAAAGUGUCUUUUAUGGAUGAAAUCAAAUAAAAGCAAAUUUGUACAGUUACAAUAUAUUUUUUUGUCUUCGUCGUAUUUUCAUGCC